AUUUAGUAAACAUAAUUUUUUUUAAUAAGAAGCAUGUGCAGAUUUUCAAUCCUGUUAUUUUCAUCAUUCAUGAUAUUAUUUGUAGAAGGUAGACAGAGAUGGCAUACAUCACAACUAAGAUUAAUGCGAUUAUAUGACUUACAAAAGGAACACUUUAACGUUUUCAAUGAUUAUUUGAACUCAGAAACAGACCGACUGGGAGAAUUAAAAAAGUAUAAUAACUGCAUAUUAUUACUAUGUUUGGUUUUAUAAUAUCGAACGAAUUGUAGGGUAUUAUUUUAUUUUUUAAUAUAUUUUAUUUUGGUGGGGCCACUAUAAAAAAUAUUCUUUUAAAAUUGAAUUUGACUUAAAUUAUUAUUAUUGAGAAGAACAUUAUUAAUGGAGUUUGAAAUUGAAAUUCAGUUUGCUUACACUUUUAGCUAUUCCGAUAUCUAUAAGUCAUUCGUUUCAAAAAGCUCGUAAAUCUUAAAAAUAACUUUAUUGAAAUUAUUAUAAUAUUAUACGAAACUUAAUAAUUAAUAAUUAAUAAAGAUUUUAUACCUUUAAUCUAAAUCAUGUUUAUUAAUAUUUUCUGCAAUUUUGUUACCAAAACGAAAAAAAAAGAGAUAGGUCUAUAGGAAGAAUAAAAACCGGAGGUCCUUGUGAAUUACACACCUGAUAAUCCUGAUAUUUGUGCCACUGAUAUAAGUACUAGUACAGGUACAAAAACAUAUAAAAUUGGUAUAAAAGGUAUAAAACUGUGUCGGUAAUAAUGUUAUACCGUACCAUGUACUUAUAUUAUAUUUCUAGCAAUUAUGUAGUAUUGAGUGUUGGAAAUAAUUAAAAUACGAACUUUAAUAUUAUAAUAUUUAAUGGAUAUUGUGGCGAGUAGGAAAUUCUCCGAAAUUUACGAGUGGCGUGAUGGAAAAAUAACUAAGAACAACACACACUUCCACGUUAAUAGCUUAAAUGUGAUGACCCGAAUACACUACGAUUUCCAGAAAAUUGAACAUUUAAUGUGUAAUAAACAUUCUUUGAAAGGUAACAUGAUUAUGCAUUUGAUAUUGUCAUAUAUUAAUACAUUUUUAUUUAAAAAGCCUUAAAAAAAAUUGACCAGCACAAAGAUCUUAGUGGAGACCAUAUGCUUUUGGCUUGUGGAGGACUGAGGAGACUACAACGAUUUUACGAGAUCCCUGCAUUCGAAAUGGCAGCUGGAAAAUUUAAUGACCGAAUUAUUGGCAAUCAAUUAGAUGGUAAUAAGAGUAGUAUAAUAUUCCUUUAAUUUUAUUUUCAUAUUUGUGCGUUUUUUUAUUAGUUAUUCAUUUAAUAUGUUAUUGUUUUUUAGCCCGCGAAUGUUAUUUUAUGACAGAAUACUGCUUCGUAAUGAACGACAUGUUCGGUAGUAUAGAUUGGGGUAUUCAAUCUUAUAAUAAAUGGGCAAUUGGAGGCGGUCAGUCAAAAUGUUUUAACGUUGAAGUAUUAAAAUACUACAUAAUUUUGUCUUCUAUGAGCACUGGUAAAUAGUAUACUGAAUUAUGUAGGAACAAAUAUAUUCUUCACCUAGAGUUUAUUUAUAUCUAAUCUUAUAAUCUAUGUUGUUUUCCAAGAACUUGGGCGAAUUAAAAGCUGAUGAACUAAAAAUUAUAAUUUAUAUUCACUAACUGGCCUAUUAUUGUAAUAUUAUAGUAUCUAAUAAGAAUUUGUUUUAAAUCAAUUUUAGUUAUAAUUUUGAUAUAAGGGGUGUUCCACAAUGAUUAGACGCUUGAAAUAAAGCUUAUUAAAAUAUUUAAUAUAAAAAAGUUAUUUCAAGUGUAAGAUUAUCGUGAUAUACCUUAUAGAUUGAAAAUGCAUUUUUCAGGAUUUAAUUAUACAACUCAAUUUGAAUCGAGCGAAACACAAAAUUAUUCUUCAGGAAUAAUCGAGAAGAUCGCACAACAUUCUUUUCUCAUGGGGGAUGACAUUUUUUAUAUAAACAAUAACGUUAAAUCGUUGAUUGAUAUUUUUGGUGUGUAUCAUGUAAGUAUAUACAAGUUAUGAUAACUAUUUAAUAUUUAACUGUUAAAAUUUAUAUAUUUAAAUUUGUUGUUCUACUCUGGCAUACGAAAUGUAUAUAAUAAUAACUAUUAUUAACUGUAUGAAAUAGUAACAGUUAUAAGGGAGAUGAUAAUUAAAUCACCUCUAUUGAGUUGUGGGUUUUCGCAAUUUUAUUUUUAACUUAAAAUAAGUAAAAUUAGUUCGUUUAUACUCCGAGAUGAUUUGAAAUCCAUUUAGUGGAAGUAAAAUCAGCUAGCGAUAAGUUAUAAUGUGAACAAUUUCGUUAUGCUACCUGCAGGCUUUUCACCAAUGCAUUCAUAAAAACCGUGAAUUUUGUUUGAAUUAUGUUUUGUAUUGUUUAUUUAUGGUACCUAUUCAAUAUUUCAAUUAGUAAUUACUAUAAACAUUAUAUUAUUUAUAUCAAGUUGUAUGUGAUAUGUUGAUUAAAUAUGUUUUAAAUUAUUCUUUAUUAUUUGUUUUAUCUUAAUUAUCUUUUAAGUAUAUAAACUAAUGAUAGGAUUCACUAGUAAAUCAAAAUAGGAAAAAAUUAAUAAUACCGAGUCUAUUAAAUUAUGUAAACAAUUAUAAUCGGUUGAUAAUUUUUAAAGUUUAUGAUUAUAUUUUAUCGGAAAAUGAUAUUAUUAUUUUUAUUUAAUUUGAUUUGAUUUGUACUAACGAAAUACAAUUUUAAAGAUAUCCUAGGAUAAAAAAAGAUGGGUGCAGCCACUGUUAGAUAGAUAAUUCAAUGUAUACCUAUAAGCAACGAUAAACCAUUUCUUACGAAAAAACGAUUCUGAGCGCAGUUUUGUUGAUAUACUUUAACAAAAAUAUAAAUGCCAUUUUAUAGUAAAAUAAUUACAUAGGCUUCAUAUAUUUUCUUUAAUAAUAUUUAUUUAAUGUUGUACCAAUUUUCCUAGUUUCUCUACGUUUUUCCUGAUUUUCCCAGUUUUUAUCCCAGUUCUUCACAUUUGCUGGGAAAAAUCUUGGGAAAAUCAAAAAAUGACUUCUCUAAAGUACCUCCCUAGUGAAAUUUCCUUUUAGAAAAAUUGCUAUUAAUUAAAGUUGGACCAAAAUUGCUGGUAGAAAAGUUGAUAAAACUAUUGACACAUAUGCCACUAUUUGUUGAUGGAAAGUUGGGAAAAAAGGAUGCACGUAGGCGCUCAUGGUGGCAAGGCGGCACACUCUCUCCCUAUAAAAAAUAAUAAAAUUAACUAAUAUUAUCAAUAAAUUGAAAUUUAAAACUUCAUUUAGUAUGCAUUUUUAGAAUUUGUUUUAUUUUGCCCCCUACCCGAAAUAUCAUUUAUGGAUACCCAUGUGAAUAUAAAUAUUUAUUUAUUUAUAUUCUUCUCCCACAAAAAACCAUUGUUAACGUAAAAAGAAUGUGAGUUCAAUAGGUUAAAUAUAUUUUUAAAUAUCGUAAUUUAUAUGAUUUUGGUCAAAAUUUAAACUUACACCUAUAUAAAAAAAACUACUUUACGCUUAUAAUUUUUUUUUUUUAACAACCGUCUAAAACCUAUGGUGAAUUUCUUGAAAAAUGUCGGCCAAAUUAAAUAUAUCCCUAUAAAACUGAAUAUAAACUCGAAAAUAUCAAAUGCCUAUAAAUUGCUGUACAAUUUGCUAGAAUGUUUGGAACAUUUUGUUACAUAAAGAAAUAAAUUAUGUAUUCAGUGAAAAUGCCAAGUCUCUAAAGUUAUAACCUAGUUACAACAAAAAUUGAAACUCGAAAAUAAUCAAACCAUUGUUUUUUUCUGCAUUUUCCAAUUAUAAUAGAAAAUAAUAUUAUAAGAAAAAUCAAAAAAUUACCUCCCCAAUAAUACAUAAAGUAGGUAUAAUUUGCUUUCAAAGAGAUGUUACAAUUGAAAAUCGAAAAAAAAAACAAAACAAAUAUUUUUUGACAUUUUACAGACUUUUUGGACGUUUGGAAUGAAAGGGAGGAGGGAUUUUUAUUCUUUUAUUUUAACUUAUUUUAACCUCUUCCCUUGAACCUAAAUUAUAACUGCCACUGAUAUGAAAACUUGUUUUGGUUAUAAUAAUAUUCAAAUAAAUAUUUAAAUUUGUUGAUUUUAGACUUUAGAUACUGAUAAUCGCCGAAUAGACUUUAAACGUUUAUGUAAACACGGGGAAACCAUGAGAACAUUAACGAAAGACUCGAAAUGUCGAUACCAAACGAAAAAUUGUGCUUAUCGAUUAUUGAUGCCGUUUAAAGAAGAAGAUUUAGAUAAUGAUCCAUAUAUAAAAAUAUACCACGAUGUUUUAUAUGAUGAUGAAAUUGAAAAAAUGAAAGCGUUGAUCUCGAACGAAGUACGGUAAUCGUAAUUCAUAUAUGCAGUAAAGGUUCUAUAUAACGGUGACCGAAAAGACCGGAAAUAAUGACCGCUAUUUAAAAGUGACCGUCUUUUAGAGAUUUCCUAUAGAGGUACAACACUUGACGUGACCAAAAAAAAAUGACCAUUACACAGUGGUUACCGUUAACGGAAGUUUUACUGUAUUUUUUUAUUUGGAUCUCAGACCAAAAAUCAAUACACCAUUUAUUGGAAAAAUCAAAAACUAAUCGCUCUAAAGUAUCUCCCCAAUCUGAUUUCAUUUUAGAAAAAGGGCUAUCAUUAUAAAUUUGAGCAAAAUUGCUGGUAGAAAAAUUGUCCACAGAAAAAAAAUAAACAUCAUUGUAAAAUGCAUAUAUUAAAAUACUUUACAAUACUCGUUUCACUUAGAAUCUAAAAUGUGCAAAAUUGGGUCCCGAAUUUUUUUUUUUUAGUAUGUUAAUUUUUGAACGCACUAUGUAAGAGUUUUGUAAAAAUGAUUUUCGUUAACGAAACGAACGAGCUGUAUGAAUGUCGAACCUGAUUAAUUUUGUAGUUAAAAAUCACAAUAUUCGUCCAUAAAUUAGCAUAUACCCUAUAGAUUUUUAAGAAAUCAACACUGUCUAUAAUAUUUCAUCGCAUUUCAUUACUUGAGAAUAUAAUUUUAUUUAUAUUAUACUAAAGAUUAUUAUAUUCUUAAAUUUAAUGAAUACGUACAUUUUAAACACAUUUAAAAUUAUCACUACUAAUUAUAAUUGUAUUAUAGAUGAUCGAUUCUACAGUAGUGCAUCAUAAAAUAAGUGCUUCUGUAGUGGUUGAAGAAAAUCGAUCGGGCCAAACUGGCCGGUUAUCAAAAGACGACGCAUCAAAACAUUUCGAUAAGUUAAAUACUCGUAUCGAAACCAUUACCGGGAUGGGUACGAAAAAUGCUGAAUUGUAUCAAAUAGUUAAUUAUGGUUUAGGAGGUCAUUUUACGCCACAUCAUGAUGCGUUUAUAAAAAAACAGGUAAUACUCGUGUCUAUUUUUUAACACUGUGUCUAGAUACAUACAAAUAUACCCGUACAAUGCGUAUUUUUUAUCAUUAGGGGCUCGGAAGUUAUAGACGGUAAAUUCGGCAAAAUAUGCAACUAAAAAAACUACCAAAAAAAAUAGAAAAUGUGCUUUAGAAAUAAUCGAGAUUUAUGCAAAAUUAUUUAUUGUUAAUAAAAAAAAAAAUAUUUAACUUUCAAAUUUGGGUAUAAUGAAACAAAUUUCUGUCUAAAAAAAAAUACAUUAAUCACAUAACAUUACAAAAUGAAUAAUUUUCUAUAAUGAAAAUUAUUAAAUGUAAUGUUGAUAUUAUGCUGUGACCAACAACAAAUAUAUUUAAUAUUUUGUUUCAUUAAAAUUUGUAAAAUAUGCACAAAAUAACCAAAUGUAAAUUUUUGUUGAAUAUAUUUUAAAAUUAUACAAAGAGAAAAUUCAUAUUCAAACUCUAAGGCUGACGACGAUCGUUUUUUUUUUAUUAGUUAUAAAAUAGAGACCUAAAGAAAAACAUGACAAUCCUACAUCUUCUGAGCCCUAAUUAUCAUACAAGUCAUCAUGAUUUUUUUCUUAAAUCUCAAUGGACUAACUCAAUGUUAAUUUGAAUUUGACCCAUCAUUGAUCAAAUUAUUUAAUUUAAUUUUAACCUUGCUCCUGUGGUGUCUUUUCAUCGACCACAUGUCGGAAAAUAGGCUCUAGAUUUAAACUUAGGACAUUAACUUCCUUCGAUCGACAUUGACUUCGUAGUCGAUUUUUUUUCACACUAUACUAUAAUUCAUAAUUAAAAAGCGUUAUUUUUUUAAAUUUUCUCAUUCGUUUCUCCAUUAUAAAUAUUAUGUUCGUGUAUUUAGAUUUAGACAAAGCGAAUUAAUCAUCUAUUAUUUAUUUAUUUUAAUUUCACUUAACUGAAUUCGAUAAAAAAUAAAAAUGUAUAAUUAUAAAUUUAAGUAACAAUAAAUUAUUAUCACCGAUUUCCAAAAACAAAAUGAGUUAAACCGUUUAUUUUUCAGGGUGAUGUUUCUAUCCCGUAUGGUAACAGAAUAACAACUGUAUUAUUUUAUGUAGGUAUUUUUUACACUUUUCUACUUGAAAAUAAACAUACAUUAUUUUAAUAUACUUGAUUAGAUGACUGGUGUCCAUAACGAUGGUUAUACGGUAUUUCCAAUGUUAAAUAUCGUUUCUCCGGCUGAAAAAGGUGCUGCGUUAGUAUGGCAUAAUCUGCAUCAUUCGACUGAUGGACAUAUUCACGAGCAUACUCUGCACGGAUCGUGUCCCCUGUUAACUGGAAAUAAAUGGAGUUAGUAGAAUUAUUUUUAUUUCACUAUUUGUCAAGAAAAUUAUUUUAUUUAAUGUUAUAUAAAUCUAUAAAUUAUUACUAUUAACCAUAAUGGCCUUUAUUAAUUAUAAUGUUUAUAAAUAUAUACUUGCACUCGUUUUUUUUCUAGUUGUGACCAGAUGGCUGUAUGAAGCUGAUCAAAACUUACCUUAUAGUUGGAAAGAUAAUCUCCUUAAAAAUAAUUACUAUUGAUUCUUAUACGAGAU